CCCCAUCCCCCGUCCCCCUUGCAACAGUUCCCCCUGUACGCUUCACGUUGCACUCCAUCGCAAGAGGCUUGACGCGCCUUCACCGGCCACCGUCGUCAUCUACCAUUCACCAACAACCCUACCAAUACCAUCCCUUGCACUGGCACAUCCAACCCUCUCCCUCGCCCUCCCUUCCUUCGGCGUCUCAUUCCGUCGCCGUCCGUCGCCGUCCCCAUUGCCGCACUCGCGUUAUCCGACCCGCUCGCCACAACCAUCCAACGUCGCCCCCUCCCAUUUCACGCCUCGACUCCAACUCCGGCUCCCUUGUCCGCCCCCCUGCACCUCGCCACCCAACUCCACCUCGAACCAAACAUAACUAGCGCACAGGGCCGACUCAGCAUGCUUGGCGGUCCUACAGAGGUCGAGGUCUACCAUGCACCUUACAAGGAAGGGCCUGGAAUGGAGGAGGCCAUCCUCUACCCCCUUCCCCCUCCUUCGGACGUUGUUCCACGCCGUUUAACCAACGCCGAGACAGCCCGCGUCGACCUUCUCUGUCGCCUGUUAUUCUUCCUGGCUACAGCUCCCACCAAGUGGUCGUCACUCCCGACGAGCCAUCUCCCCGAUCUGUCAAAGUUCCGUCUUCCCAAUGGCGAGGAUGUGGCUUGUGUUCUCUGGAACGGGCUGUACCACAUCACUGGCACGGACAUUGUCCGCGCCCUUCAAUUCCGCUUUGAAGCCUUUGGGCGCCCUGUCAAGCUCCCAAAGAAGUGGGAGGAGGGCGUCUUCUCUGACCUGCGCAACCUCAAACCCGGCGUCGAUGCCUGCCUCGAGGAGCCAAAGUCAGCCUUCCUCGACUUCCUCUUCCGCAAUGGGUGUAUCCGUACACAGAAAAAGCAAAAGGUCUUCUACUGGUUUUCUGUGCCUCACGACCGGCUCUUCCUGGACGCGCUUGAACGCGACCUGAAGCGUGAGAAGGCCGGCCAGGAGCCAACGACGGUCGUUGUCGGUGAACCGGCCCGCAGCUUCAAAUAUGACCCUCGUCGGGGUCUCUACGAGCAGUUCAUGGGCAGCAACAGGGGUAUGGAGGCGGCGAUUUUGGACCAGGUCUACCCGCUCCAGGCACGCAUCCCCGCUGGCAUGGUGCCCCAAAACGUUGGAGUGGAAGGCUCUAGACAGUCGAGCAUCGACCCCAACCUCGGAUACGAUGGCCGCAUGAUGGAGCACCCAAACGAUCAAGGUCUUUGGCCUGGUCGUGUGGGGCAGCUGGACUCGGCUGGCCAGCCCAUCCCGACGGACUUCGUCCCACCGCCCCCCGACCAGUACACAGCAGGACCUGGAGGAUUGCCGCAGUUCACGGUCACCAUGUUCGAGGGUAGCUCGUCGUAUAAGCGGAAGCGCGCCCGCUCAUCAAAGCGCUCCUCGCCCUCUAAAUCGGUGCAGCCUGAGGGCGAAGAUGAGAAGCGUGAAAUGAGUCUGGCACCUGGGGAGAAGGAGCCCGCCCGCAAGGUUGCGCGUGCCAACUCGUCCUCGUCAACGGCAGCCGACAGCACGGGUAAUGCCAGUGGCACGGCCGGCAGCAAGACGCCCGCGACGGGGGGCGCGACAGAUGAGAAGACGUUUGUGUGCGUAUUCGACUUCUGCCGUCGGCCCUUCAAGCGACUCGAGCACCUGAAGCGUCACAUCCGCACCCACACGCAGGAGCGCCCGUUCUCGUGCAAGCUUUGCAACCGGGCCUUCAGUCGACAGGAUAACCUCCUGCAGCACCUUCGUCUGCACCGCAAGGACGACCCGCCCCGUGCCAAUGACGUCGCCGAGGACCGCCUGAGCGCCCCACCAUAUGUGGGGCGUCGCUGGCCUACGCAGUCGCCCGCUCCAACCGAGGACAUGGUCGCUCACGUCCCCAUGGCCCCCAACGCUUACCCGGUGGCAAACUUCAACAACAUGUCGUACCGCUCGACCACGGUGCCGCCAGAUUGGCUUUCGAUGCCGCCUCCUCCUCCGACAUGGUCCAACGCCCCUGUCCCCGUGUCGGUUGGCCACUCAUUCUCGCCUGCGCCCCAGCCUAUGCGCUUCCGGUCCGCGACGCCCCAGAUGCAGGCGAGCAGCUACUCGUACGGCUCGAUGCCGCCACCACCUGCGCCCGCGAUGAUGGCCGCGCCUAUGCCGAUGGCGUACGCGCAGGCAGGAUAUGAGCAGGCGCCGGACCCAUCAUACGGCGCCGGAUUUGUGCAGGGAUGGCCGGAGCAGGUCAACGGCGUGCAGGACGAGGGCAACGACAGUUAUGAUAAGAGCUACGAGACUGUCGACGUGUCCGACCCGAACGGGUGGCAGGCGCCCCCGCAGUAGUGUACACACUUGUAUAUACCCUUGAGAAUGUACUGGUACUGGACG